CAGAAUUGACGUUACAUGAUGUUGUGGUUGCACGUAGUUUCCUUGUGGAGCUUGACGAAUCUUAUUGAAGGUCAAGGUAGAUCUUACUGGUAUGAACAAGCUAAGAGUGUUUUAUUAAAGAAUAUUCGCGAAGAAAGAAACUAUAACGUUGCAAAGAAUCUUAUACUUUUUAUUGGAGAUGGAAUGGGAAUAACUACUGUAACGACUGCUAGAAUCCUAAGGGGUCAGUUAAUGGGACAAAAUGGAGAAGAAACUGAAUUAGCCUUCGAUAAGUUCGAAAAUGUAGCACUUUCCAAGACUUAUAAUACAGAUAGCCAGGUGGGAGACUCGGGUGCUUGUGCGACGGCUUUACUUUGCGGAGUUAAAAGUCGCUUCGAAACCAUAGGUUUGGAUGAUAAUGCCAUUUAUGAUAAAUGUUUUAGUAGUUUCACCUCACGUAUUACAUGCCUUACAGACUGGGCCCAGCAAGAAGGUAAAGCUACGGGUGUGGUAACUACUACAAGAGUUACACACGCUACACCAGCAGCUGCGUAUGGUCAUGUUGCUAGUAGAUAUUGGGAAAGUGAUGACAAGAUGCCAGAAGAUGCUAAGAGCGCUUGUAAAGAUCUGGCCAGGCAGCUAGUGGAGGACGAACCUGGACAAAACAUAAAUGUGAAUAUAGAAUUGUUCUGUUGA